UGAGAAAUACAAAAAAUAUUUUUGUAAUCUUGCAACUACGUUCAUUUCGAACAAUUUCUCAAACUGUUUAUCUCUACCGACUCGUACAAAAUAGUAGUGAUAAAAUGUAAAAAUAGAAAAAUAUAUAUUUAUAUAUUUAUGUGUUAAAAGUUAAUAAUAUAUUUUAGUGCGUAAUAAUUAAAAAAUAACCUCAACGUUAAAUAUGCUGAUUUAUGAUGUUUUACAUAAAGAAAAAGUGUAUGAAAUCGUUAUCAACGAUCUUAGAAACAUUGGGGUUAAGUAUCGUUUUAAAAAGAAUGCCAUUAAGCCGGAUAAAUUUGAAAGAAGUAAAAAUAUUUCUAAGAAAGUUUUUCGUACACCUUUGUCUUAUCAACCAUUAGACGUUGUUAAUUUAUCAUCCGGUGGCAUUGUUCAUGUGCCUGUAUUUGUUAGUCAAGCAUCUGCAUUUCUUGAAAAACAUGUUACUCAAGAAGGUUUAUUCAGAAAAGCUGGAUCUCACAUAAGACAAAAAGAAUUAAUGGCAUUAUUGGAUAAAGGUUCUUCAUUAGGAGAGAAAAAUCAUGCCAUCGAUGUAGCCAAUUGUUUAAAAACAUUCUUCAGAGACUUACCGGAACCACUUAUACCAUAUACGUAUCAUGAUUUAUUUUUACACUGUGCAAUGUUAAAAAACCACAAAGUUCAAGCAUUGUUAUUGGCUUGCGUAUUGUUACCACCUUAUCAUUUAAAUACUUUAGCUUUCAUAAUGGAAUUUUUUAAGAAAGUAUCUCUCUAUGAGAAACAGAACAAAAUGAACAUUGAUAAUUUAGCCAAAGUUAUCGGUCCUAAUAUCAUGCCUUUGAGAGAAGCUACUAUGGUAGCUGUUCAAAGUAGACUCGAAUUGCAUUUAAUUAUUGUCAAGAUUUUGAUAGAAAAUGCUGAAAAUAUAGGCGUUUUACCGGACCACAUAACCAAUCUUAUUUUAUCUGAAGUUAUUGGUAGCAUUGAUAAUGACUUGGAUUUAUCCGAUUCUCAACUACAUGGAAAAUUGAAGAAAAAGAAAUAUCGCAGUGGAAGUCUUACGCGUAAGCCACAUCUAAGUGCCUCUAACCUGAAUCUAAGAAUGCUCCACGGUUUAAAGAAGAUCGUUGGGAAAAAUAAUUCACCUGUGAAUGCAGAAGUAAACGAGAAUCAAGAUUCUGUUACAAAUUCAAAUACGACCUGUACAUCAUCUACUAAAUCUACGAAAAAACGAAAAGUUAUUGAAUGGCUAGACCCUCAAAGUACUAAGAAAAAGAGAGUUAGCGAUAAAAUGGAAAAAUCUAAAAAAACUGGUUUAAAUAUAGAUCGGUUUGUAUCAAAAAAUAAACAAAAGGUAAAUUCAACGUCAAAUAUACUAACAUACAAUCCAUAUACUGAUAGACGAUGGAGUUUAGCGCAAGAUUCUUCUGUGUCGUAUGAAAAACGUAGAACAAAUAGCGAUGGUUCGUUGCAUUUAAGAAAAUCAGUGUUAAAAGAAACAGAAACUUCGAAUUCUAAACAUGAUAGCAAUUGUAGUGAUAUAUUUGUUGACGCUGAUAUCAAUUUAUCAGAUUAUAAUAACGAACAAGUAUUGUUAAAUAAGGAAGCCGAUAAUAAUGGUGAUAUUAGUCACUGGCAGAAAUUUAAUAAAAAUACAGAUAAAUUGAAAUAUACGAAGAAAAAUUCAGGGGCAUCUAUAGAAACUUUGCCAAAAAAUGAUUGUGAAGAAUAUGUAAGAAUACCAAAGAGCGAAUACGAGGAAAUAAAAAAUCGAGUUUCUGCCAUUGAAUCUCGUAUCUCGCAAGAAUUUGGAUAUAUCGAUGAUGUAAGGAAUGAAAGUUUGGUAGAACAUUCUGUAAAUAAAGUACAAACGGAGUAUGAAAAAACUUUAGAGGAAGCAGGUAUUAAAAAUAUUAUAACAGCCGAUCAUUUGGCAAGAAAACUUGGUAAGGAGUUAAAAAUCAGAAAAUCGAGUGAAGGUAAAGUUAUAAGAUCACCCAGUGCUCGAAAAAUAGGAAUUUUACGAAGACGAUCUCAAGAAAAAAUUAAAAGCAAAUCUGUUAAUCGUACAGAUUCAUGGCAUGGAUCUCAAGAUUGGCAAAACAAAUAUAGAAAUCAGUCCAACGAUCAAGAAAUAGUUUAUUUCACAAAUGAAGAACCAAAUUUAGAUAAACUAACGAAACAAGUAUCGAAUUUGAGAAAUGAAUCGUUGUGUAGUUCGGAAACUAAUACAAGAUUGGAUUUAUUACAAAAACAGUUAAAUACUUUAAUGUCUCAUACAAUAAAACAUACAAGAGAUUCGUUAAUUGACGCAGAAUCGAGUAUUAAUGACAUCGGUGUGCAUACUCCUAGACAAAGUCCAUUAAAAUUAUCCGUUCGUAGAGCAUCAUCUUUUCAUGGCAAUGAAUUUAUAGAUAAUUCAUUUUACUUUAAUCGUAAAAUUAAAGAACUGAAGAAAUCCAAUAGCCAACAAAAUGUUAUUCUAAAUAACGAUUAUCAAGAUAAACAUAAUAACAUCCCUCAAAAUUGGAAAGAGACAUCGAUAUCUUGGAAAGAUGCGGAUGAUUAUUUCAAAUCUACUACUCCUCAAUUACAUACACCGGUUCCUCAAACAGGUCGAGCAUCUGUCGCUAAACUUAGAACUCAAAAUGCUGGCAUGGUCUUAGCUAAAGCAAAACUAUUCGAUGAAAAUACAAUAAAGGUGUCUACUUCUUUGUCCGACAAUAGUCAAAAUCAAAAAGGAUGUUAUACAGUAAAUGGUAGUAGGAAAGAAUUAAUAAAGGAAGAAUCUACAAGCGAAAAGAUAGAUAAUACUUUGAAUCUAGAUAAAUCGUAUUGCGAUUUGGAUAUUAAACGUAAUAAUUCGAGAAGGUGUGAAAGAUAUACAAGAAAUAAAGAUUUGACUCAAAUCCAAUCGCCAAAAAUAUCGUUAAGAAAUAAAAAUAAUUUAGUUGAUAUAUCGUUAGAAAUAAAAGAAGAUUUUGAAAAGCAGCAUCAUAACGGUAGAAGAUAUUCGGACAAAUAUAAACAAAAUCUAUCGGAAAAAGGUAGUAAUAGUAAUCUACCAAGAAUACAGAAAUCUUAUUAUUCAAACGAACAGAAUAAUAGAGAAAGUAGAAAACGUAGUCCGCAAAAAGAAAACAUGGUCGUAAGAACUCCAUCUAUAUUAAAAAAUGUAUCUACGAAUAAAGUAGACACUGUAGAAUCAAAUGUGAAUAUUUAUAAAUCUGAAAACGAAAUGUGUAAAACACCACGCAUCAAAAGACCAUUAGCCAUGAAGACACCUAAAAGUUCAAAAUCUCUUAUGAGACGUCCACCAGUCGAUACGCGUAGAACACCAUUAAAAGCUAUAGCACAUUUAGAAGUAUCCAAAUAUCAAAGUCCUAAGCGUAUUUCAAAAGCUAAACAUUUAAUGAAUGAUCAUUAAAUAUUAAAAUUUUAGAAUAAUAUUAUAAUAAGAAAUACUUCCAAUAUGUGGCCAUAAAAGUAUGUGUAAGAUUACAUCGAUAAAGCUUUGUAUUUAGAAUUAUUUUCAAAUAUUUUUAUUUUGAAAAUUUCUAAAAACCUAGUCAUCUAUUACAAAUGCUAUUAUACUGUGAAGUUAUUAUUAUGAUAACAGAAUAACAGAAGUUCAAAAUAGAUGUA